AUGACGAUGACUUUGCCAGACGAAUUUCACAUCAACGGGACGCGCCCGCCUCCGCGCGCCAUGAUCGACGAUAAAAAGGCCGCGUUGGCGCGGCUCAAGGCGUCGCGGCAGUCGCGCAGAGCCGAAGGCGGCGCGCCCGAAUGGAACGCCACCCCCGAACCCCCCGCCACCGCACGGCCGAAGCACUCGGCGGCGACGUCGCACAGGGCUAACGACGCGUACAUGGCCCUGAUGGAGGACGGCGUGCGAGCCAUGGGCAUCUCCGACCGCGGCGACGACGACCAGUCACCGUCGGACACGCCAAAAACGCAGAGAUCCGACCUGGGCACACUCCUGAGAGACGGCCCGGCCAACUCCCCGGGCGAACUCGUGGACCCGGCGAUACCCCGCGGGUGGUACGACGGCCCCAUCGACGCCGCCGGCGUGCGCGUCGCGCUCACCGACCAGCCCAUAUGCGUCGGGUCCGUGAACCCGCGGGGCACGCACCUCGUCGUGGGGUCCACCGAUCACGCCCUCUACGAGGUGCAACUCGCAACCGGAAAAAAAACACGAACCUUUCACAGCAACGCGUACGGUCACAGGGAGUGGGUGACCUGCGUCAAACACCUCCCCGACGGCCGGUUCGUGUCGGGCGGGAUGGACGGCAAACUGUGCCUGUGGAGCGAGAUCGGCGCGAGAUGCGUGGAGUUGGGACAGGGCCACUCGGGAUCCGUCGCCAAUGUCGAAGUCUCUCACGACGGAUCCGUUUGCGUCAGCGCGGGAUACGACAAGACUGUUCGGUGCUGGUCCACGAGGACGAGGCGCGAGACGGCGUCGCUGGAAGGUCACAGGGCGCCGGUGCUGGAGCUGGCGUGGUCGUCCGACGGCGGCCUCGCGUCGGGCGAUCGCGACGGCCGAAUGUUCCUCUGGGACGCGUCCAUCUCGGGGAAAAAAGACGCCGUGGGCAAGCGUAAGGCGUGCGAGGGGCACGUCACCGCCCUGGCGUGGACGCGCCGCGUCGGGUACGAGGCGGUGAUGCGCGGCGGGGACGUUUUGGUAUCUGGGGGGCAGGACGGCGUGGUGAAGGUUUGGGAUUUCAGAAUCGCGGGAACAGGCGCGUGCGUCGCGGCGAUCGAAGCGCACGUGCAAAAAAACCAAAAAAACCAAAAAAACGGCACCGGCGCCGUCGGCGACGUGGUGCAGACUCGGGGCGGUCGAAUCGUCACCGGCGGCGCGGACGGGUCCCUCGCCGUGCUCGACCCGCGGAUGGGGUACGCGAUGGUCGGUGGCAAGAUGCGCGUCGGUGAUUUCGUGUACUCGUUAAGUGCCGUCGGUCCGAUGGUUGUUUGCGGCGACGGCGGGGGCGCGGCGCACGUGGCGGACGUCGACGGCCGGGAUGAGCCGAAGGUGUUAUACGCGCUGGGCGCUAACAAGGCGGCGGUGCGGGUGUUGGGGACGAGCGGGGACGGGACGCGCCUGGCGUGCGCGGGGGACGACGGGAGCGUGAUGUGCUACGCGUUCGAUUGA